CGGGCAGCGGAGAGUGGGGUCGCGGCAGGGUGGGCGAGGUGCUGGUCAGGAUGAGGCUUUUCCGGUUACUGGUGCGGCAACUGCAGGGAAGCCCCCAGGUCCCUGGGCCUGAGGCUCCUGGAAGAAGGAAGGGCGGGGCAUCUCCAAGCCCCUCCCCCUGUGCGUGCACCAGGUCACAUCCCCUCAGCUGUCACCCAUUCCCGGGACUUGACCCUGAACUGUCACCGCGGACCAGAGACUCACAGGUGCUGAUGGCUGGCAGGGAUCCCCCUCAAGCCUGGGGCCCAGUGUGGGCACUGAGGCUGACAGUGGCUUGUGUUCUGCUGGGGAUCUCCGGAGGAGGGAGUCGCCCACUCUCAGAGGGGCCCCCAGGACCCCCAGUAGGGGAAGCCACCAUGGACAUCAGCCUGCUGCACCAGGCAGACUCAGAGAUGGACAUGUCCCCGGAGAUGGUCCUCGGGACGCUGCCAGACCACUGCAGGCCACCCAGCUCCAGGUGCCAGUCCUUCCUGGGGGACCUCCGAGUCCGCCUCCAGAGUCGCUUCCAUCUGCUGUUACUUGGAAAUCGCCACCCGUGGCCGCUGUGCCAGGAGCUCUGUGACACCUGGCUGGCCUCCUGUGAGACUGAUCCCGCCUGUACCCCAGCCUGGCUCUCCAUCACAGGAUCGAGGCUCUGCCCGGCUGGCUGCAGGACCUAUGCGAAGCUCUUCCCAGAUGGGGCGGACGUGUGUCGCUGGGCUCUGGGUCCUGCCCUGCCCAUGGCGCCUCCUGGCUCCCAGCGCUGCCUCAAUAUCUCCACCAGCGCCCAGGACAGCACCCUCCUCCGGGUCUCCCGCCGUGCCCGGGCCUGGAUCCCCGACGGGGCAGGCAGCGCGAGCGGCAGUGGCAGCGGCGGCGGCCCCUAAGGGCGGAUCUGGGCCUGGAGAGUUGGUGACCCCCUUCCUUGGCACCCAGGCCACCACCCCGCUCGGGCCACUGUCACCACCGCAAUGCAGAGCUCGGUCCCUCUGAAGCUUCUAGUCUCUACCCUGCCUUUCUCUUAGACCCCCCUCUCAGGGGACUAAAGCGAAACCCCGCCCCCGUGUACACACACACACACACACACAGACACACACACAGACACACACUGAUUUUCUGCUCCCCACGUUGAAUAAAACCAUUGGCUACAGAGUACAA